GCAGAUUGCCGCUCCCUCGUACCUCCCUCGCACCGACAAGGACGUGCAGGACAGGCUCGCCAUCAGCGUCAAAGCAGUCCUCGAGGCAGGCAAUGCUUUCGGCUUUGGCCGACUUCAUCGUCUUGAUGCUGCAGUCGCCUUCUUUCCUGCCCUGGCUAAUCAAGCAUGUCAAUCUCGACGUCUUUAAGUGCCAGAGCCUCGCGGACGUCGCAAAGCUCGCCCAGCAGCCCACGAAGCUGAAGGACUGCAGAGGCUCCGCGGCGUAUGCCAUAUUUGCUGACCUGCCUACGCAGCGUCAAGCGGGCUCGACGCAGCCAGGUGGAAGAAACGGCCUAUACAAUGGCAUCACCAUCAAUCCGCGGCGAAGGUCGAAGGAUCACCAAAAUGGGCACAAGCAGGCCCCUCGCCGCCUCGUAUACUCGGCGCUCGUCCUCGCCUCCUCUUGGGAGAUCUACGUGGCGGUCGAGUUACCAGAGGAUGAUCAAGUUUCUCUGAACUACUUCUCGGCGGCCCUUGCCUGGAUUGACCGCGCUGAGGACGUCAAAGUCCUGCGCACGCAAGCUCCCUGGCCGUCGAGGCCAUCAUGGCGGCUUAUUGGCUCUCGUACCGCGGCAACGCCGUGUACAGCAGCCGCAUUCAUCAGCACCUCGGCCGCCCUCCCCGCAUCGUUGGACUCAACAGCACAGCAUGCCUUUAUGGUAUCCGACACUGGGCUCAAAGGGAGCCAGCGAAGCGAGUCAGCGUAGCGAUGACGAAGGAAGAGAGGCGAAAUGCGAAAGAAGAGAGGCAGAGAGCCAAGGCAGCAAAGAAGGAGGAGACGAAGCGCGCCUGCAUCGAGGCCAUGGCGGAGGGCAGCGUAUCCGUGAGGGUGCAAAACCAGAGGUCUACGACAAAGAACUACGCCGCGUUCUUCUUGCCGCAGGCCGUGCUGGGAGGCA